CCAUAAUCCAAGUUUUUCUUUCCUAAUUGGAUUGCAAGCAGCUUUGUUUUUCAAUGAUGAACAGAACGCCGCUCCCGAGCGCUCUCACACAAGUGUGCUGCUGCUAGGUCUUCUGCCACGCCGCUGCCGCCGUCGGCGAUCCCGCCGCAUCUUGCCGUCUGGUGCCCCGAUCCCCUGAACUCUCCGGAUCCUCUGUCGCCGCCGGCGCCUCGCCACCAUGAGCUACGGCGAGGAUGACCGCAUCAGCGCCCUCCACGACGACCUCCUCGGUAAGAUCAUCUCCCGCCUCCCCGUGAAGGAUGCCGCCCGCACAGCUGCUCUCGCCCCCCGCUGGCGCCACCUCUGGCGCUCUACCCCGCUCGUCCUAAACGAUGGCCACCUCCCCGAGCCCACGCGCGCCGCCGCCGUUUCCCGAGUCCUCGCCGACCACCCAGGCCCCUUCCACGCUGUCCACCUCCACCACUGCAGGUUCACCACCCUCUCCCCUGAGCUCGCUGAGUGGCCACGCCUCCUCGCCGCCAAGGCCGUCCAGAUACUUUUCUUCGUCAACCAAAAGCCCACGGCUCAGGCUCAUCCCUGCCUCCCCGCCGACAUCCUCCGCUGCGCCUCGCUCGAGGAACUCUUCCUGGCCUGCUGGAUGUUACCUGCCGACCACCUCUCCCGCAGCACAGUAGCAUUUCCCUGCCUCAAGACGCUCAGCAUGCUGAACAUGGGCAUGUCCGACAAGGACCUCGACCACCUGCUCGCCGCCAGCCCUGUCCUGGAGACCCUCGUGCUCGCUUCCCCCGUAAGGCGCUUCCAUCUCCGCAGCCAGAGCCUCCGGUCCGUGCUGGUUUUUCUGGUGGGGGAUUUCGCGGUGGUGGACGCGCCGCUCCUGGAGCGGCUCAUCUUCAUGAAGCCGCUGCUCAACGCUAGAGCUGCUCGUCCCGUGACGGUCAAGAUUGCCUCCACCACUAACCUGCAGGUGCUCGGCUACAUGGAACCCAUGUUCCACAAGCUGCAGAUCGAUGGCAACAUCAUCCCACCUGACACGGUCGCAAGUCCAAGCACCGUAGUUCCAGCCGUCAGGACAUUGGCGCUCAAGGUGAACUUCUGUGUCCUAGAGGAGCUCAAGAUGGUGGCCACCUUGCUCAGAUGCUUCCCCAACUUGUCCACGCUGCACAUCCAGUCUGUCCCGUGUGAUCUGUCCGAAACUGCCGCUGCUGGGGAGCACCAUGCCCAGUUCUGGCGGGAGGUCGGUCCAGUUCAAUGCGUGAGAUCAAGCGUCAAAAGAAUCGUCUUCCACAAAUUCCAUGGACAUCAAAAUGAAUUCGAAUUCCUCAAAUUUGUCGCGGGGGACAAUGCGCUGGAGUCUUUGCUGCUCGUGUCGCCCAAGGAAAAACUUCUUUCGGAGGACGAGGUGAAUGCGAUGAUAGACAAAUUGGGAUGUACACGGUUCAGAGCAUGGACCUCUAAAGUCUUGCAACUGUCGCCUGAGGUUGAGAAUGACUGGUCCCCCAUGAAAGCGUGUAAGCUCACCGUCAGCGACCCUUUUCGCUGAUGAAGCCAUGGUUGGCUGGAUCCCGAGUUCUUUGCGGAAUCGCUAGCUUUUCUACCGCAAGAGCACAAGCACUGUUUGGUUUGCAGCCAUCCAUUAUCCCAAGAGAACUUUAAUUUAAACUGCCAUGAGUAUAUGUAAGAGUUAAAUAAAGCUAGCAGAACUACCCGAAAGACUAGCAGUGUGAUGUAAUGUAUGUAUGUUGGUGAUAUGAUAUAACAGCCAUGUGCUCCUGAAUAUAGCGUGCCUGGUCUGUAUCAUGAUAUUUUUCUCCUUUGCA